CUAACAAUGUUGGUAUACGAACCUCAAGAUUUAUAGAUAAUAUAAAUUAUCUAUAAACGUUGUACGAACCUCUCUUUCUACGAUCAGUCCAUUUAUUAAUAUGUCUAUGGUGAUUACUGAAUAUAUAUUAUUACUAUUAUCUAUAAACCUUGCUACGGCCAUCGAGAUAGAUAAACAAUAUUAUUUAUCCAUCUCGAUGUAUCUGGUACAUCAGUAACAGUCACAAUUAAAGAUAUAAUGGUUGCCCGACGAGGAGCAUGGAAUAGUUGUCUUUAAUAUUACUCUCAUGAUAAGAACAAUUCUAUAGCGCUUUUGACAGCAGUGGAAUAUUUAUGUACUAUUUUACUAUAUUAAUAUUAUAAUAUUAUCGCAUAUUAAUAUUAUAGAGAGCGCGCUAAGUUAGUUCAACAGAUGAUUCUGAAAGUAAUUUCAAUUGCCAUAUGAUAUUGCUUGUGACAUAGCCCGUUAGGUAACCUUUAUAUCUUUAAUCGUGGUAACAGUAUAUAACACGGAGUCAGUAAGACCAAAUUUAAAAACUCAAAUAAUCAAAAUAAACGUAACAGUUAUUUUUUUCCUCAAGUAACAGCUUGUUAUUGCUACUAGACUAAUAACUGUUAUAAAUCACUGUUCCUGUUAUUUUUUCCCACCACUGAUUUGUCAUCUUUGUAUUUUGUACCUACUCUGUUGCACGGAUACGUACGUUUGCUCUUGAGUGGAUUUUUUCUUCAUUUUUUUUAACGUCUUUAUUCGUGCGCCAUCACACGUCGAUUUCCAAUAAUAUUUUUUCGUUGAACAUUCUUUUUCCUCGCGAGCUGUUAAUCGUUUACUCAUACAGGUAGCCAGCACUCUUCUGUAGUACGUCGUCGGUCGUCGGACCUAACGGGGAAAUGUACGAACAACCUAGCUUGCUGAAAACGGCGUAUUACGCUUGCAACAAGAUCGAGCGUAACAAGUUCGACUUGCUGGAAACACCGAACGUGAAAAUGAGUAGUUGUUGCGAGUUGCUGUUCGAAUUUUUAAAAAUCAACAAAAACCUAGACGAGGGCAACGAUAGGCAGACCAUGUUCAGCAGAUCGCAAUUCCGCAUCAAUGACGAGAGGUUUAAAUACAUAUGUGAACAAGCAGCAAUACACGGGCACAUCGAUUGCAUGAAACUUGCUCACAAAGUCGGUGUCCCUUGGGUAGUGGAAGGUUGGAGGACCGUGUUUACAGUGUGCGACAGGGCUUUGGAAAUGGGCCAUACGGAGUGUUUAAAAUACGCCUUCGAGAACGGGUGCCGCUGGGGCCUGUAUACGUGUGUCUUGGCUGCAAUGUACGGUCGUCUGGAAUGCUUGGUUUACGCACGGGAAAAUGGAUGCAGAUGGGACGAAAAUACAUGUGCCUUUGCUGCUAUGCGCGGUCAUUUGGACUGUCUGGUUUACGCACGGGAAAACGGGUGCCCCUGGAACGAGAGAACAUGCUUCAGCGCCGAAAAGAUGGGUCACCUAGACUGCUUAGCUUACGCACGGGAAAACGGGUGCCCAUGGGACAAGGAUUUGUGCAACAGCAACAAAUAUCUGGUUUGAUAACUAGAGGAAAAAAUAUAAUAGUUUAAUGUAAAAUCAAUAUACAUAUUUACCGUAAUGAAUAAAAAAUGUUUAUUUU